AUGGCUACAAAUCUCUGCCCCUCACAAAUCAAAGUGAAUUGGAGUCAUGAGGUAUGGAAUAGACUAAACAUCCCUAGGCAUAGCUUUUGCUUGUGGAUUACAAUCCAAGAUAGACUUAAAACUAGAGAGAGGUUGUACAAACACAACAUCAUUGCAGAAGACUAUUGCUUGUUCUGUAUGGAUCAUCCUGAGACUACAGAGCACCUUUUCUUUUCUUGUCCUUUCUCUACUAUUUAUCUCUCUCAAGUUAAAGCUUGGCUAGGUUGGAGAGUUGAAACAAUAGACUUGAGCAGAUUGUGCAGGUGGCUGGAAAGAGCGAAAAUGAGCAAGUUUUGGAAGGCAGUAAUCACUGCUGCAGUGGCUGCUCUGGUGUACAAUGUUUGGAAAAAUCGCAAUGAUUUGAUAUGGAAUUCAAGGAGAAUAGCACAAGAUGUUGUUGUCCGUGCUAUAAAGGAAGAUGUAAAGAAUAGAGUGUUGUGUAAUUGGACAAAGAAACACAAACCAGUUGAUGCCAACUGGUUUGCUCUUCUAUAG